AGAACAAACCGGAAGUGGGAAACCGAUUUUCUGCGCGGGAUGGACAAAUACCAUGUUUUACAUCUUAUUGGGGAAGGUUCCUUUGGACGUGUCUACAAGGGCCGGAAGAAGUACAGUGGGGAGGUUGUCGCCCUGAAGUUUAUUCCAAAAGUAGGCCGCUCGGAAAAGGAGCUGCAAGGAUUAAAGCGAGAGAUCCAGAUCAUGCGAGAUCUGAAACAUCCCAACAUUGUACGCAUGUUAGACAGCUGUGAGACAGAGCGAGAGGUUGUUGUCGUGACUGAAUAUGCAGAAGGAGAACUGUUUCAGAUCCUGGAAGAUGAUGGAAAUUUGUCUGAAGAACUGGUACGGGAUGUCUCAGCUCAGCUUGUCUCCGCACUAUAUUACUUGCACUCACAUCGGAUACUGCACCGAGAUAUGAAACCUCAGAAUAUUUUACUGGGUAAAGAGGGCACAGUAAAACUUUGUGACUUUGGGUUUGCUCGCGAGCUAAGUUUGGACACACUCAUGGUGCGUUCUAUUAAAGGCACCCCGCUCUACAUGUCUCCGGAGCUGGUCCUGGAGCGACCCUAUGAUCAUCGUUCUGAUCUCUGGGCUCUUGGAUGUAUUGUAUAUGAGUUGCUCGUUGGGACACCUCCAUUCUACACGCACAGUAUCUUCCAGCUGGUCAGUAUCAUUACCCAGCAGGCUGUGCGCUGGCCACGGGGGUUGUCCUCUGAACUUAAGGCCUUUUUGCAAGGUCUCCUCACAAAAGAUCCUGUUCUCCGUCUCUCAUGGCCUGAACUCCUGAAGCAUCCAUUUAUUAAAGAAAGAGUGACUGUAUUAGAAGAUGAUGUGACGUCUAGCCCCUUUACAUCCGCUUUGACUGAAGAGCAGCAGCAGAUGAGAGAUAAAAUGUAUGCGACUGCUGGCCGAAGCACUGUGCACUCUCGGAUCCUUAACAAAGCUAGACAACAAGUGGCUAAGAGGAAAGAGAGAGAUGCUGUAAGAAACAAUGAGGGAACAGACAUUGCUGAGGAGGAGAUUGUUCCUCAGAAUUCUGACCGCGGUAGACUGCCAACGCAACAUUCUUCCAGGGAUCAUCGGAUUUCACAGGACUACGAACAAAGAACCAAACGCAGCAUUGAAAGAGUUCACCUGGAGAGUGAGGACAGUGAUGAUGAAUGGUCUCUCUUGCUAGAAGCUACUGAUCCAAAUCAUGCUCAGCUGAGCACUCCCUUCCUGCUCCUGCAAGACUCAAGCUUCAGGAAAAGAGUGCAGCAUCGUCUGCAAGACUGCUGCCUACCGGUUUCUCUGGAAGCUGUUUCUCGAUUGCGUCCGGCUCUGCGUGUUACCUGUAACCUCUUAUCAUCCGGCUGUGACCCUGCUCUUCUUUCUGCUCUCUGUACUGAACUCCAGUUACCUCGCUUCCUACUGCAACUGAUCAACCAAUCACUGAAAAAUGAUAUGCAACAGUGCUCCUGGGCGGUUGCAUUCAUGUCUGAUCUAUUUGCGCUGCUGAAUUCUUACUACUGUUUCAAGAAGCAUCCUGAGGCUUCCAGUAAUCUGGAAACUGGUUGGAAAGGGUUUCUUGAACUAUUGGAUGAGCUGCUCAACUGUCCUCUGGAAGGAAAGCAUAUCUUACAGCAUCAGAGUCUUCAGUGCUUGGUAGCUCUAUGUAAAGGCAUAGACUCCAGUGCUCCCUCAGAUGGAAUCACAUUUUACAACAGUCUGCAUUCAGAGCACCAAGGAAUUCUUGACCUGGUUAUUGAAAUGUCACUAGGUCCGAUCUGUGACCUUCCUGCAAGUUCUAAAGGAUCGGAUGGAGAUGUCUCAUCAGAAGAGGGUGGGCACAGCUUCUUCAUUGACGCUCUGGCUGCUGUGUGUGAUAUUCCAUUCUCCGGAAAGUGGAGAGAAUUUAAAGGAACGGUCUCUUUGUAUGUCUCUGAAAGACUUCUCUCUGCCACACACUUUGACACCUUUGUCGCUGGACUGCAGCAUUCUCUUAGCAGUCUCAGGAUUUUAUAUUCGUGCUGUCACACUAACCUUGAGAUGUGCCGCUGGCUUGCAGGGAAUGCUUGUUUCCUUCAAUCUGUCAUCUCUGUUCUAGAUGGAGAGUUCUCUAAUUGGAAUCUCCAUCAGAUUCACACUGCUGAGCUGUCUCUGAGUCUGCUGUCUGUGAUUGUUCUACGCCUGCAGUCAUGGCCGGACAUGAUGUCUCAGAUUGCGCUCAUACUCCCUCGUCUUGUGACUUGUGAUGUGCCUCCCCUUGUGGCAUGCUCAGUUGUCCUUAUGUCUGCUUGCCAUAAUUGUGGGGUACCCGUCAUGCUGUCACCUGAGAAAGUGAUGUGUGUAGCGAGAUGCAUUCUGACGGAUACGCUCCAGCUGAUUUCUCCUCCUCCACUCGGCUCUGGAGUUCAUGACUGGAUUUUUCAACUUUUACUCCAACAACUUAACCAAGAUGAAAAAUUCUUUUUGGAAGUUUCAGCAGAUGUUAUAUUUUUGUGGCAGUGUGUGUUCGCAUUGUUGCAUGUUUCAAAUCCAAGAGCACUUCUUGAAGGAGACACCCCACGGGGGAGCGACUGCAUGCACCCAGUGCUCCCAGAUUGGAGUCUGCUGUCUGUACGCGGAGUGAUCAGCUUCCUUGAGCUUGCUCUGGUGAUCUCUGUUCGGGACCCUGAACGAUUCCUUUCCCUUCUGGGGAACACUGAUGGCACAGUUAUAGCAACAAUGAACAGAUUAAUGAAUCCCAGCUGCCUGAGUCUCAUUGCUGAGGCCUGCAGUCCUUUUGGAUGGGACGUUUCUCAAACUCUCUCUGACAUUGUUAAUCUGGUGUCUAAACUAAUAUGUGUCCCUCUGUCUCUGGAGACUGCUGGAGACAGCAUGAAAGAAAUUUUCCACUUUUUUAAACAGUACCAGACUGUCACAUCUCUGAUACAGGCUAUUUCUCAGCUGCCACUACCCUGCAUGGAGCUUCCUGUGUGUCUCUUGUGCCGCAUCGCUCUGAUGGACGUGGACUUCCUGCUCGAGUUUUCAUUGGCAGCAUCCUCGUCUGAUGACGUCGUUGCCUGGUUGGGAAGUGCUUUGUGUUCAGGAGCAAGUAGUGUGAUCUGUGACCUGCUUUCACUUUUCAGUCACAUGAUCCGAGAGUCUCCCUCCAACAUGUCAUUACUGAAGAGGAUUAUGGGAGAAUGGGAAAAUCUUCUGCCCCACGUCUUACAGAGCUCAGGGCCCGAACUGAGGGCCGCAGCAUGCACUCUUGCAGGAAACUUGGCCCGCCAUGGAGAACAGCUUUCGUUGUUGGUUCUGAAAGGUCUAGUAGACUGUCUGUCAGACCGUGAUGGACGAGUUAGACGAACAGCAGCUUUUGCUAUAGGAAACUCUGCCUUUCAUAGAGCACAGGCUGCUUUUCACAGCCCAUUGGUGUCGCUUGCUACCUCUAAGAUAUCAAUUCUACUUCAAGACCCACAAGUGAAGACCCGUGCUCAUGCAGCCAAUGCCCUUGGUAACCUGGGAAUUAUCUUAAUGGAAGAAGAUCAUGCUCAGCUUCUCCUGUUAAGGGUCCCUCAGAUGCUCUUACAGACUGCAUGCACCGACCAAGAAGAAUCUGUUCGAGUGGCCUCACUUAUUGCUCUUCGUAGCCUGAGUGGAGCCUCUGCAAUACGGCAGCAUCUGAUGUCUCUGGGUGCAGAAGAGAAACUGUCAGCGUCUACCACAAAUUUACUCGGAGUCAUGUCUGAUCCCUGCACACAUCAUUGCGAGAAACUUCUCCACAUGCUGAGAACGCCAGAAUAAUCGAGGAGAACUCGCGUAAUACAGAUUCCCCAUUAUU